GAGCCACCUCCUCUCUCUCUCUCUCUCUCUCUCUCUCUCUCUCUCUGAGAGUGAGUGUGUGUGUGUGUCUCUCUCUCUCGGUCUCUGCAACUUUAAUGGCUGCUGCAGAGUUUAAUAAGCCUCCACCACUCCCUUCUUAUCCUGAGAUGAUUAUGGUAGCACUGGACGCAUUGAAGGAGCCGAAUGGGUCCAACAAGACAUCAAUCUCGAAGUACUUAGAAUCCAAGUACGGAGACUUACCAGCAGGUCACUCCCAACUCCUGUCGCACCACCUCAACCGUAUGAAAGAGAGCGGGGAGCUCGUCUUCUGGAAGAACAACUACACGAUACCCGACCCCAACGCGCCGCCCCGCCGUGGCCGCGGCCGGCCGCCGAAGCCCAAGGAGCCGUUACCCUUGCCCACCAAAGCCGCCCCGCCGGGGCCGGCGAGGCCUCGGGGCCGCCCUCCAAAGGACCCGAGCAUGCCAAAGCCAGUGAAGCCCAAGGUCUCCACGGGCAGCGGGAGGCCGAGGGGGCGGCCGAGGAAGAUGGCGAAGCCGACUGGAGGGUUGGGUGGAUUGACGGAGGCGGCAACGGCGUCUGCUGUGGGGACCGGGAGGCCGAGAGGCAGGCCCCCGAAGGUGAAAGCGCCGAUGACUGAAGUGAGUGUAGAAAAUUAGGAUAUGAGAGGGUUUGCUCUGUGGGGUUCUCAAGUCUGUUCAGGUCUCUCUCUAGCGUUGGGCUUGGCAUUAGGCGGUCGGUCAACUAAUUUGUUUGUGUAACUCUAAUGUGCAAUGUCGAUGUGGUAAAUGGCUUAGUAGCAUAGCAGUAACGACAAUUCGGGUCGGGGAGUCUAUUUCCACGGUCGAUUCUAAACUCGUAAGUUCUCUGGUGUCAUCGUAGGAUUGUUCGCUCUCUGUUUUGCCCGUCUAGUGGGGUUGUUCUUGUUCAAUUAUGUUUCUGGGUGUUCCAUGAAA